AUGACUCUGGUCGACACUCGUCAAAAGGACUUCUGGUCUACUGAGACCUAUGAAGCCGUCGCUUCCUUCGUCCCUCGUCUUUCAGAUACUCUCGUUCAAAGCAUCGACUUCAAGCCCACCGACCGAGUCCUUGACAUCGGAUGUGGCGAUGGGAAAUUCACCACCUCCUAUUCCUCCGCAGUAAGCCAUGUGAUGGGAGUAGAUUCUUCUUUGGCAAUGAUAGAGGCCGCAAAAACAUUCAACUAUGGCGGCGCGACCACAGAGUUCCGUGUUGUUGACUGUCGACAUUUGGACAAGGAAGAAGAUGUUGUGAAUGGGCAGUGGGAUAAAGUAUCAUCCAACGCCGCUUUCCACUGGAUUUUGAGAGACCCAAAAACCCGAGUCUCCACAAUUGAAACUAUCUUUAAAUCCAUGAAGCCGGGAGGAACAUUCUUCUUCGAGAUGUGCGGAUUCGGCAAUGCCCCCGAGAUGGUCACAUCUUUCACUUAUUCGCUAGUGAACCAUGGCAUUCCAAUUGAACAAGUAGAGGCAGCUUGCCCUUGGUUCCAUCCCUCUGAUGACUAUAUGAAAGGCUUGCUUGAGGAUGCUGGCUUUGAAGUCAAACAUAUUACUCUCCAACCGAGGGCUUUAAAGAUGAAUCCUGAGAUAAACGGUGGCCUUAAGGGGCUUAUGAAACUUCUUGGUACCCCGUGGUUGGAUAUUUUGGAAACUGAGGAGGAGAGGGAAUCGUGUCUGGAUCAGAUGUGUCGUAUGCUUCGGAGUGGAACUACGAAAGAGGAUGGUUGUCAAUACAUCACUUACUAUGGUCUUCGAUGUGUGGCUGUCAAGCCUUAG